AUGUCAAACAGCAACACAGCCCAGGAGUCUCUGGAAAUAAUGAAGGAGUCUGAGAAAAAGGUGGUUGAGGAGUCUGUGAACAAAACCAAAUACAUAUCCAGGUCACCGAGCAAGGAAGAGGUGGAGAAGGAUGGCGGGGAGGAGGUCAGCGUGCGCCAGGAGGCUCAGAGGCGAACUUCAAGCCAUGGACAUGCCAGAAAAAGAGCCAAGUCUAAUUCUAAGCUUAAACUGGUCAGGAGUUUGGCUGUAUGUGAAGAAUCGUCUAGCCCCUUUGUAGAUGGGCUGCUGGAGUCACAGGAUAUCAUUCAGUUACACGUUAGCUGCCCUUCUGACAAGGAAGAGGAAAAGUCCACAAAAGAUGGGGCGGAGAAAGAAGAAAAAGACAAGAAUAAAGAAAAGGCACCGAGGAAAAUGCUGUCUCGAGAUUCCAGCCAGGAAUAUACAGACUCCACUGGAAUAGAUUUGCAUGAAUUUUUAGUAAAUACACUGAAAAAAAACCCACGGGAUAGAAUGAUGCUACUAAAGUUAGAACAGGAGAUUCUGGAAUUUAUUAGUGAUAACAACAAUCAGUUUAAGAAGUUCCCUCAGAUGACCUCAUACCAUAGGAUGCUGCUGCACCGGGUAGCUGCCUACUUUGGCAUGGACCAUAACGUGGACCAAACUGGGAAGGCAGUCAUUAUCAACAAGACCAGUAACACACGAAUCCCUGAGCAGAGGUUCUCUGAGCACAUCAAAGAUGAGAAGAAUGCAGAGUUCCCGCAGAGGUUCAUCCUAAAACGAGAUGAUACUAGCAUGGACCGAGAUGAUAAUCAGGCUGGCCAGAACGGAUAUCUCACCGACAGCAGAAUCUCCAAAGAAGCCUUUUCUUCUAGUUCUCACAAACGGAGGCAGAUUUUUAGGGGCAACCGGGACGGUUUGAGCCGGGCCUCGGGCAGCCGCCAGAGCAGCACCGAGAGCGAGAUAAAGUCGCUGGAGCCUCGGCCGUGGAGCAGCACAGACUCGGAUGGCUCCAUCCGCAACCUGCGGCCACCCGUUACCAAAGCCAGCAGCUUCAGUGGCAUCUCCAUCCUGACACGGGGGGACAGCAUCGGGAGCAGCAAAGGCAGCACUGCCAGCAGGACGUCCCGGGCAGGUCUGGUACUAGGUGCCCCUGAAGCAUGCAGCCAAUCCCCCUCUUCACAGCCCAGCCGUGGCCUCCUGCCCUGCACAGCCCAACAGCCUCAACCACAGCCACCCCAGCAGCCACCACCACAGCCCCAGGGACUUCCACCUGCAGCCCAGCAGCAGCCAGCCAUGAGCAACCACAUGAUAUCCCAGGCCGAUGAGCUCAGCAACCCCUUUGGGCAGAUCAGCCUCAGCCGACAAGGCUCUACAGAAGCACCGGAUCCUUCCUCGGCUAUGUUCCAGUCAUCCCUCAUCUCCCAGCACCCUCAGCAGACAGGAUUCAUCAUGGCAACCCCUGGGCAGCCCAUUCCCACCUCCAACUACUCCGCCUCAGGGCACACGGCCCCCACACAGCAGGUGCUGCAGCCCCAGGGCUACAUUCAGCCUCCCCAGCAAAUUCAGGUUUCUUACUACCCUCCCGGGCAGUACCCGAACUCCAGCCAGCAAUACCGAUCUCUCAGUCACCCAGUGGCCUACAGCUCCCAGCGCACUCAGCAGCUCCCCCAGCAGUCCCAGCAGCCUGGUUUACAGCCAAUGAUGUCCAACCAGCAGCAAACAUACCACGGUAGUAUGAUGGGAGUGCAGCAGGCGCAGCCCCCUGGCCUCCUCAGCAGCCAGAGGAGCAGUAUGGGGAGCCAAAUGCAAGGUCUCAUGGUCCAGUACACUCCACUGCCUUCGUACCAGGUUCCCAUGGCCAGUGAGUCCCAGAGUGUGGUCCAGCAGCCCUUCCAGCAGCCAGUGCUUGUACCAGCCAGCCAGUCUGUUCAGGGGGGCCUUCAGACUGGGGGGGUGCCCAUCUACUACAGCGUCAUCCCAACUGCCCAGCAGAAUGGCACCAGCCCUUCAGUGGGGUUCCUUCAGCCUCCUGGCUCUGAACAGUACCAGAUGCCACAGUCCCCAUCACCCUGCAGCCCACCACAGAUGCAGCAGCAGUAUUCAGGGGUGUCUCCAUCAGGCCCUGGCGUGGUUGUGAUGCAGCUGAAUGUUCCCAAUGGCCCCCAGGCCCCCCAGAAUCCACCUGUGGUGCAGUGGAGCCACUGUAAGUACUACAGCCUGGACCAGCGGGGGCAGAAGCCAGGAGACCUGUACAACCCAGACACCAGUGCUCAGGCCAGCACCCAACUGAACAGCCCCAUCACAUCCCCAACCCAGUCCCCGACGCCGUCGCCUGUCACCAACCUCAACAGUGUCUGCACGGGGCUGAGCCCCCUCCCUGUCCUCACGCAGUUCCCCCGGCCUAUGGGCCCUGCACAAGGUGACGGGCGCUACUCGUUGCUGGGCCAGCCGCUGCAGUAUAACCUGUCUAUCUGUCCCCCACCACUGCUCCACAACCAGCCCAACUACAAUGCACACCAGGGGCAGACUGGAAUGAAACACGGAAACCGGAGCAAGAGGCAGGCCCUCAAGUCAGCAUCCACUGACCUCGGGACAAGCGAUGUAGUGUUGGGCCGGGUGCUGGAGGUGACGGACCUGCCCGAGGGCAUCACGCGGACAGAGGCCGACAAGCUCUUCACGCAGCUCGCCAUGGCCGGUGCCAAAAUCCAGUGGCUCAAAGACCGCUUCAAGCUGCGUGUGGCCAAAAAGAACUACGACUGGCGGGUGCUGGAGCGUGCCAGCUCACAGUAG